AUGAACGGCAAGCAGAGCCCAGCGAAUGUGAAUGGGGCUUUCAGAAUAGAGCCCGGACAGCGAUCUAUCCCUGACUAUGAGAACCUUGUGCGCAACUCCCUUCGGCUCUUGGUCUCAUGCAAUCUAUUGCGGCAUUGUUUAAACUAUGAGAAGUUAUUCAUCCAACUUUCCCAGCCACCACUGCUUCCGCAAAAUACGACUCUGAAAGCAGACAUGUGCAUCAAAUCCCAUCUUACGUGGCUGCUCGCCCGGCUGGCAAACAAAGGACAGAAAAGCAAAAGCCCUUCCGAUCCAUUUUCUACGGGAAUGGAGCCUUCUGCAUCUCUGGGUCUCUUUUGGCCGAUAGAUUAUAUUGGUAUUUUUCUUGUUUCCUUCAUUGCCAGGCAACUGAACAUAGCGCUGGAGAAACGCUACCGCGCAGAGAUUCGAUGA